AUGAAGCACAAGACCAGGCCAAUGAUCAAGCUGUUGAUCAACGAGAACAAACUAGAUCGGGUGACCAUACAACUGGUUAGAGAGCGUGUUGAUGGACCGGAUGCAGAUGAUGAGGCAGAGGCUGCGAGUGCACGACCGAACAGUCGGCGUGCUCAAGGUGGAGCAAGAAAGCAACGUGAUCCAGAGGAAAGGGCAGAAGACGAUGAUCGUGAGGCACGGGCAGACCGAAACGAGCCAGACAGAGAUGCACGCAGAGAAACAAGAAGGCAACAACGGGCCCAAUUAGAUCGAGAUCGAGGUGAUGUCCGAAGGCGCCCACGUUAUGAUUUGAGUAUAACAUGGAGAACUCAAAUGACAAAUAAAUGA